GCUUGUUCUUCCGAUCAUCAAUGCAUCUUCAGUCCAUUGACAGAGCGCCACAAGUCGAAUGCAGAGGCUGCAGUCAUUGGCGAAACAGAUAAUCUCGAUUCCCCGUCAGCCACUGCGCCCUGAAUCGAUGGCUGCGACGACCACUUCGACAACCACAGCCGCUCCACCAGGCCGGCCUAAUCCCAGCACUGUGGCCGAGCACCUACGGGGAUCGUCGCAGUCGUGGCAUGGCCAGAUAACUCCAGACGGCCCCUUUCCCCCGCAGCAGGGCCGCUAUCACAUGUACAUCGGACUGUUCUGCCCGUUCGCCCACCGAGCCAAUCUCGUCCGCCACCUCAAGGGCCUCACCGAGCUCAUAGACGUCUCUGUCGUGAAGCCGUACCCCAAAGGCGACGAGCACGGUUGGCCUGGGUGGCAAUUCCCCCACUCCAACGACGAGUACCCGCACGCCACGAUCGACAAACUGUUCGGCAGCCAGUAUCUGCACGAGGUCUACUUCAAGGCCGAUCCGGGGUACAAAGGACGGUAUUCGGUCCCGGUGCUGUGGGACAGGGAGGCCGGCACGAUCUUGAACAACGAGAGCCCGGAGCUGAUGAGGAACCUGCAGGUGGCCUUCAACGCUCUUCUGCCGGAGGAAUACGCCCGCGUCACCCUGUACCCGGAGCAUCUGCGCGCCCAGAUCGACGAGGUGAGUGAGUGGAUGCAGCGGGACUUGAACACUGGCGUGUACAAGGCCGGGUUCGCACCAAACCAGGAAGAGUACGACAAGAAUGUCCCCGUGGUGUUCGCGGCGUUGAAUAAAUUGGAAAGGAUGGUCGCGCAGAACGGCGGGCCGUACAUCCUGGGCAAGGACCUAACCGAGUUGGACAUCAGGGCGUAUGCCACGAUCGUGCGCUUCGACACCGUGUACGUGCAGCAUUUCAAAUGCAACCUGGGCACGAUCCGGCACGAUUACCCGCAGCUGAACAACUGGCUGAAGAGCCUGUACUGGAACGUCAAGGGAUUCAGGGAGACGACCGACUUCAAGCACAUCAAGGAGAACUAUACCAAGAGCCACUGGGACAUCAACCCCAAGGCCAUCACACCCAUGGGUCCCUAUCCUGAUGUCGAAGAGGGGUUUGAGCCGGAUUUCAGCAAGGUCAGGGUUGGCGGUGUCUCGAUGCCUAGAGUGGUCGAGUUGGAAAAGCAAUUGCCGGGAUAAGGUGCAGCCGGUCUUCGAGGAUGGAACAGGGAUGGGCAGCAGCAAGCUUCUUGCUUGUCUGCUCACCGACGCGAGAUCAGCAAGUCAUCUGCUGUUCUCGUGGAAUUGGAAAGUGAUCGGCGGUGAGACAUGUCGACAUCCCAGAGGAUCCUGGCGAGAAUGGAGCAUCCGUCCGUGCCGUUAGUGGUUCCUCGGGGGUCUUGCGAGUGCCAUUGUGCCAUGUACGCAAUCCCUCAGCCUUGUGGCUUCACGGCCUGCUCGUGUUGCUUGAGCUGGUUGCGGCGAUGGCCCAGAUAAAUGCGGCCAUUGGCGACAAGUAUAUGGACAAUUUGCGCCGUUAUCGUCGACGGUCCUUCUCUGCAGUCUUCUCGAAAUCAGUCUCCCACCAAAGAGAGGGAUUUUCCUUGAAGUGUGAUGCGGGACCGUCCUGAGGGAAAAAGAGUCCACCGCCAGUCAUGACCGUGGAUUGUGCUCUGAUAUGCAAGCGAAGUUGAACAAUGCACCCAUUCAUUGGCCGUUUGAGGAAAUCAGGGGAAAGCCCGAGCGGCGCCUGUGGCCGCGGCGGUGUGGGAUAUGCUGGGCGGGUUUUUAGUUAAAG